AUUGCGGAAAUUAUUAUUGUCUAGUUGAUUUUUCUUUCUUUUUUGCCAUAUUCAUAUUCACUUAACAAUGAUAUCGUACAAGUAUUCAACCGUUAUCUCGGCAUUAGGAUUUAUACUAAAUCUAAUUGUUAAUGGCGUGUUCUUUUAUCUAACUCUAUUCAAGAUUAAAAAGAUGCAUGGAACAUACAAGCGAAUGGUGAUAACCUUUACAGUACUCGGCACCAUAUUCUCCUUAUGGGAAAUUAUCGCGGAACCAUUUGCCCAUAACUACAAAAAUUCUCUACUCUACUUUAGCUGUAACACUUGGCUAGGUAGCAAGACCUGGCUCAGGUACAUGUUGGCAAUGUGGUCUGGGUGCCAUACCUUGAUCAUUUGGUUUAUUGCAAUGCAGUUCAUAUAUCGACUGGUGUGUUUAAUUGAUACAAAUAAUAUAAAGAAGUUGGAUGGAAUAUAUGGCUAUCUUAUGAUUAUCGUUCCAUUUGUCAUUGGUGGAUUUUUUGCGGUUAUGGUGGAAAUGCUAAUUGCCAAGGAUAAAAUGUUGGAUGAUAAUUUGAGCAAACUAAUCUUUGAAAAUUAUCAACUACUAAUAUCAGAGCUUUCAAAAUACAAUAUCACACCCUACAAUUUCGAUGGCUCAGUGAAUUGGGGAAAUUUUGGACUUCUUGUUAUUGCGGUUUUCCUCAAUUCUUUGGGCUACCUCGUCAUACUUUAUUGUGGAGUUCAAAUGCAUUUGAACAUGAAAAAGGAGCUGGCGAAGCUUUCAAUUUCUAAUCAGGAACUUCAACGACAGUUUUUCAAGGCUCUAAUUGCUCAGAGCAUUGGUCCAACGAUAUUUUUGGUCUUGCCAAUGGGGCCUUUCCUAUUGAGUCCCCUAAUUCCUGGAUUAAAUGUCAAUUGGCAGUCAGGAUGGAUAUUUUGUCUAGUUGGAGCGUAUUCGCCAUUUGAUACUAUCAUGUUUAUGAUGAUUGUGUCAGAAUAUAGAAGCUUGCUGAAAAAUCGAGUUGGUUAUACAGUUUCUGCAGCUACUCCAGAUUAUCGAACUCGGGAUCCGGCAACUACUGGUGUACAAACUAAUUAA